UAAAUAGUUCUAAUAAUAAUGAUACACAAAUCAUUCCAGAAUUCACCCAAAAAUAUACUAUAACUGAUCUUUCAGAAAAAUGUUAUAAAAAGAUAUCAAAAAAUCAAUUAAAAUAUGGUGCUUUAAUGGGUGAAGCAAAAAAGGCAAUUCAUUAUGCAUUACAAGAUGAAGAUAAUGAAUUAAUGCAAUUUAUAAAAGAAUUCAAUAAAUGA